AACCACAACCCAACAAUCUUCUCAUCUGCUUUCAUUCAUUUUCUCUACUUUUUUCAUGCAAAAAAUAGCAACGAAGCACUUUCCACACAAAAAAAUCUUCAGUUUUUCUUACACUUUUUAACGUUAUCGGUGACAAUGAAGUGCAUUGCCAGGCUGAGGUCCCGCCGUGUGAUUCAGGACCACCUCCUGCGUUCCUCCAAUGAAGCGGCGGUUGGCGGUGGUUGCUGCUGGGCCAACCUGCCUCGGGAAUUAUUGUGGGAAGUUCUUUUAAGGAUCGAAGACUCGGAAAGUAGUUGGCCUCAGAGGAAAAAUGUGGUCGCCUGUGCUGGUGUUUGCCGGAGUUGGAGGAUUAUUAUUAAACAGAUUGUUAAAGUUCCUCAACUUUCUGGGAAAUUAACUUUUCCCAUCUCAGUUAAACAGCCCGGUCCAAAGGAUUCUAUCCUUCAGUGCUUCAUAAAGCGAAAUCGAUCAACCCAAACAUACUACCUUUACCUUGGUUUAACUAAUUGUAAGCUUUUCUUCUUCUUCUACAUGAAUUGGAUGUCAUUCCAUUCAACCACUAAAUUAGAAUUGGAUGAGUCAUUCCAUUCGAGUACUAAAUUAGAUUAA